AAAAAUCUUACCUCUGCCUUGGAACGGUCAACACCCGGCAACACGAGCAAAAAUGGCAGCCUCUCUGAACCGCGUCUAUGCCGUCGACCCGCUCUUCCAGCUCCAGGAUGGCGAUGUUCGCAUCGCCUCCAACAUGUACACCAUGGAUCCUCUGAUCUUGACCGAAGUCGCCGCUCCCGGCGCGGCCAGCGGCUCGCGCGAGCAGAUCCUUGAGCGACGCCAGCUCAACAUUCUUAGCCAGCUGCACCAGCUUGAGCAGAAGCUGGACAAGCUGCUCGGCGGCGGUGCCGCCGGCCCCAAGCAGGGCAAGCAUGGCGAGAUUUUGCCCGGCAGUGAUGCUGCCAACCCCAAGCCUGCGGCCGUUGACGUUGCACUGAGCAUGAACCCCAAGUCACCGGCCAAGGUUGCGCUGACCGUCGCCGCCUGGCUGCAGCAGCGGGAGCACAAGACGUGCGACGUGCGCCAAUUCUGGCACUCGACCCUCUCCGACCAGCCCGCCCACUUUCGCGAGCACGCCACUCUUCCUGCGGCCAAGCUGCCUUGUGACCUUCGCCUCAACAUCAUUUACAAGGAUGAAGCCGAGGCCGUCCUGCGCGCGUCGCCAGCUUCAGAUGCCGCCAUGAAGGGUGACCUCAACGCCGCCCGUUACCUUUGCCGUUCUUUCGGCUCGGCCCUUUACCCCAACAACCCCAUGUUGGCACUGCAGGUGGACGAGUGCCUUGACUACGUAAACGACUUGGCCACUGGCACCUCGAAGGAGGCCAAGCCUGCUCUCAAGGCUUUGAACGAGAAGCUCGGCAAGUCGGCCCAUCUUGUUGGCACCAGCAUGACCCUGGCUGACAUUGGCCUCUUCUUUGCUGCCCAGUCGACCAAGGCCUCCAGCCUCCCCUCAAACAUCAAGAAGUUUGUCAAGGAACACGAGGCUGACUCCCUCUUUGUGUUUGCCAAUGACGUCCUCGCUUGCCUUGCUUAAAAAGGCCGCACUUCGCUCCAAGCGCUGUCAGAGAACACCCAUUCAAUUGACAUCAACUGACCUUC